GCUUUCAAGACGUUCCAGGCUACAGACUGCAAGGAAUAUCUAGCCAAACACGACUCCUUCUCCACCAAGGAGUAUUUGAUUAAAGUCGGAAAUCUGAGCCGAGGAGCGGUUGACAUGAUCGGGGACGUGUUGAACGAGGAGUCUGGGUUUUAUCUCUCCUUCCUCGCCUCAGUGUGGGACUUUGACAUCUUCUCCAACGAGAGCCUCGACGAAAUCACAGGGGGCUUUGACCAACUGCCCAAAGCCUUCCACCAAGCGUUGCCCGGCGUCGUCCGGUUCAACUGCACGGUGGAGACCAUCAUGACCAACGGGAACAAAGUCCGCGUCUUUUACCGCUCGCCGGACACUCUGGCCCCGACCGUCGUCACUGCGGAUUACGUCCUCGUCACCUCCACCGCCAAAGCCACCCGGCACAUCCAAUUCCUGCCACCGCUCUCUCUUCCCAAGACCCACGCCCUGCGCUCCAUCCACUACGCCAGCUCCACCAAAAUAGUCUUGGCUUGCUCCGAGAAGUUCUGGGAGAAGGACGGCAUCCGAGGGGGACGGUCUGUCACCGACCGCCCUUCCCGCUUUAUCUACUACCCCAGCCACAACUUCUCCAGCGGGGUGGGGGUGAUCCUGGCUUCCUACACCUGGAACGACGAUGCCGAGUUUUUCCUGCCUCUCACGGAUGAGAAAGUCCUGGAUGUGGUUUUCCAGGACCUGUCGGAUAUCCACCAAGUCAGCAAGGAGCACCUGCAGUACGUCUGCGACCAAUCCGUGAUACAGAAGUGGCAGCUGGACAAACAUUCCAUGGGAGCGUUCGCCGCCUUCACCCCGUACCAGUUCGUCGACUACUCCCAGGCGCUCUUCCAGCACGAGGGGCGGGUGCACUUCGCGGGAGAACACGCGGCUCAGCCUCACGCCUGGAUCGACACCGCCAUGAAAUCGGCCGUCCGGGCGGCGAGCAACAUCCACCACGACAGCGGCGAAGCCCGGAUGCCGAACGAGGAAGGGGAGUGGGAGCAGGCGGGGGGUUUCUCUCAGAAGGAAGAGCUCUGA